AAUAGGUAUCAAAGACUCGCAGACCAGCCCACUCAUAUAUCUGACCAUUUCUUCUCGAUUCUCUCUGGGGUAGCUUUGCUUUCUUCCAUAUUCAGUGGAGAACAAAUGGGGGCUCUCGACUACCUCUCGAACUUUUGUACUGUCACCAGCACAAGAAGAAGCAAGAGGAAACCAAUGCAGACCGUUGAGAUUAAGGUUAAGAUGGACUGUGAUGGAUGCGAAAGAAGGGUGAAGAAUGCUGUAAAAGACAUGAAAGGUCUGAAAACACUGGAAGUAGAUCGAAAGCAAAGCCGAGUAAAGGUGAGUGGCUACGUUGAUCCAAAUAAAGUAUUAAAGAGAAUAAAAGACACUGGAAAAAGAGCAGAGUUCUGGCCAUAUGUCCCUCAUAACCUGGUGUUUUACCCAUAUGUAACUGGAGCCUACGACAAGAGAGCACCUGCGGGAUUUGUGAGGAAUGUGGUACAAGCUGCUCCUCCCCCAAACGCAACUGAAGAGAGAAUCACCUACCUUUUCAGUGAUGACAACCCCAAUGCCUGCUCCAUUAUGUGAUUAUUAUCAACAGUUACUAGCUAGUAUAAAGUGCCCCGUAGACCUCAGUUUCCUUCCCUUCAUUUUGAACUGUUUCUGAGUCGUUUUUUUUUUUUCCAACGAAGAGGCUUUGCAUAUUACAGUACCUGAUCAAAUAUAUGUACUUUGUGUCACAAAUCUGUGACACAAAGCAUGCAGUAUUAGCUAGUACCACAUAAUUUCAACUCCCCAAAUAAUUCAUCGUGGAUCAAUUAUCAUAUAUUUU